CUGCUGCUUUCCGCUCGAAAUCAAUAACACAGGUAGGUUAUAAAUAUAUACGUUUUCUAGCUGAAUUCAGUAGGAAAUUAGAAAUUAAAGCCAGUAUGGUAGAAACAGAAAUGUUUGAUGUGAUUAGGUUGGUGAUUACUCGGGUAUCAAAGAAAUAAUUCACAGUACAUCUGUUGCUUCAAAAAUAAGAGAUAGAUUAGAUCUAACAUGGCCACAUUCAUUAAAUUGGUAAUAACAGAGAAUUGGCUAGGGAGUUGCAGAUUUGCGUCCAGAAUGGUAGAAUUCCAGUCACCUACAAACUAGAUAAUUGAAAAUAACUAGUCUCAAGAUGGCAUUUUUUUAUAACACUGUCUUUUUUUUUUUUAACUUGUAGCAAAUGUUAUCCGGCUACAUGUUCUCUAAUUGAAAAUUGAUGCUCCAAAUUAGUCCUGAAAUUGUCAUAAUUCAGUCUUCACCUAUUACCAAAUUGCAAAUUCAUAUGUACAUUUCCAGGAAAUGGCUUCAAUUGUUCAUGUUCAUUUUAGUUAGCAACUGGAAAUAUCAGAUAUUAUACCCCCACUUUAACAUAUAUCCGUUUGAAAACAAGUAAUCAUACAAGGCACUGGAUACCAUAUUGUAAUCUGAUGUAAAACUAAAAAUACUCCUCUACAAAAUUAGGGAUUAUUCUAGCCCUAGUGACUGAAUAAUCUAAAUUUUAUUAACGACAGGAGGCGAAUAUUUGCUUAAUCUUUCUUUACUGAACCUCCCAGCAGCAAAGAAAUAGUUAACAGUAGUGUAAACAAUUCAACCAAUCAGAGUGUAUAUCAGUAUUAUAUCACAUUAUGAAGCUCCUCCCAAUUCCUCUCUCUUGCUGUAGCCGACAGUAUUGAGUAUCAACCAUGUAAACUGGAACUGUAACUGGAAGCUGGAACUGUGGACUAAGUUGUGGUUCCGAUGUAGUCAACCAUGUAAACCUUGAAUGGGUUGAUGAAUCCAUAUGUGACAAAAAGCGUUAAGAUUCUUCACACUAAAAGAGAAAAAAGAGAAAUCGUGAGAGUAUAGGUUCUCAUACUAGGUGAGUGCAAGUUUAAAGCACGUAUAGUAGGGAGUGACCGAUAGUUUCAAUGUACUUCAUGGAAAUGAUGUGAGGUAUAUGAGAUUACCGGUUAGAGUAAUGAAAUGUAAACCUGACAGCUGACAGAUAAAGAGUGAGUGUGUGUGAGACAUCUCGAGUAGGAGGAGAUAGUAACUUACCUCAGGGUGGGUCGACCUGGUACAGGCGACGAGGGUGGGAAAAUAUUCGCCUCCUGUCGUUAAUAAAAUUUAGAUUAUUCAGUCACUAGGGCUAGAAUAAUCCCUAAUUUUAUGGCAAGACAGGAGGCUUCAUAUUUGCUGUUUUAACGCUCCUGUAUAAUGGAAGAUGCAGCGUGUGGCCAAGGUUUGAAAUAGAAUGUCCGAAAGGUGGAUUCCCUGGACCAGUCUGCCGACGAUAAGACGUCUGAGAGAGAGCUACCUGCACGAAAGGCUGAGGAUGCGGCUGCUCCUCUGACUGAGUGCGCACCAAAGGAGGGGUCGAUGUUAGCUUGGGUUAGUAUCCAUCUGAUCCACCGUGCGACUGUGGGAGCGGACACCGGUUUGUGUGGUUUGACAUAGGACACGAGAAGGGGUCCCGUAGGGGAACGUAGAGCGGUUGUGGCAGCUAUAUAGUGCCUUAAGCAGAGCGCCACACAGAGUGACUGUCUAUUGGGAAAAUAGGGGUAGAAUACAGUGGUAGAGUUAGUCUUAGUUCGCCUAGUGAUGCGAAAUGUAACGCCUUCCGGUGAGAAAACUAUAGCGUGGAAAUCGAAUGCUCUAAUGUCGGAGACCCUACGGAAGGAUACUAGACAUAGGAGUAGGGCUAGUUUGGCAGAGAGUUGACGUAACGUCAAGUUCUCAUUAGAGGGCCAAGAUUCUAAGAGGGAAAAAACCUGAGCAACAUCCCAGAAGUUGGAGUAUUUAGGCAGAGGCGGUCUGGCUAGCCUGAUCCCACGUAACAGUCUACAAACUGAGGGGUGUUUUCCUAUUGAUGCGUUGUCAAUAGGAUUGUGAGCCGCGGAUAUGGCUGAUCUAAAGACAUUAAUCGAUCUAUAGGACUUGCCUUGAUCGAAUAAGGUAGACAGGAAAUUAAGGAUUAUCGUCAAAGGAGCUGAAAAGGGAUCGGUGUCCCUUUCCAGACACCAGCUGACCCAUGCUCGCCAUGCAGCGAGAUAAGCUCGUCUAGUGCCUGGGGCCCAAGAGUCCCAUAGGAGCGCCUGAGCCGUUUCCGAAAGUCCUGAGACAUUCCAGGAUCCCCUGAAAAGGUCCAGGCUACAAGUUGGAGCCGUCCUUGAAGGGCGAGAGGGUGACAAUGCCCUGCUGGAUUCUUGAGGAUGUCGGGGAACCGGGGUAAUAGGAUUGGGAAAUUCGUUGACAUUUCUAAUAAGGUCGGGAACCAGGUCUGGGCUCUCCAUAACGGGGUGACAAUGACUAUUGUCACUACUAGUGCUUUGACCCGGUAAAGGGUGCGUUGGAUCAUGGAGAAGGGCGGGAACGCAUAGGCUCCUGUCUCCGGCCAAGGGUGUAGGAAGGCAUCGACUGCCCAGGAUAGGGGAUCUGGAAGACAGCUGAUAAAGGCUUCGGUCUGGCGAUUUAGUCGCGAUGCGAACAAGUCCAGAGUGAGGGGCCCGCGAAGGCAAAGAAUUUGAUAGAACAAGCGGGGAUCCAAUUGCCAAUCGCUCACAUCUCUCCAAUGGCGAGAGAACCAGUCUGCGACUAAGUUGUCCAUGCCCGGAAGGUAUUCCACCUUGAUGGAUAAAUUCCAUUCUAGGCAGAACUGAUAGAGUUCCUUGGUAAGGUCUGAUAAGAAUUUGGACCGGGAACCUCCUAGCCGAUUCACAUAGCGCACUGCAGAGAUGUUGUCCAUGCGCAGUACUAGUGAACAGUUGAAACAAUCCUUUGCGAAACUGCGAAUCGCAAAAGAUCCUGCAAUCAAUUCUAGGCAAUUGAUGUGCAGAGCUCAUUCCGAGGGGGACCAUAGCCCCCCGGUGGACUUGUCGGCGCACGUGGUGCCCCAUCCCAGAAGACUGGCAUCGGAUUCCAGAAUGAAAUCCGGUUGCGAUCCGAAAAUGGCUUUGCCAUUCCAGGCUUCCAUGUUGUGAAGCCACCAGUGAAGUUCUAUCCGAACUUCGUCUGUCAGGGAAAUGUACUGAUCGUAGGAAGUGGAUCGGUGUAGAUAGUGUGUUUUGAGCCGUUGCAUGGCUCGGCAGUGUAAGGGUCCUGGGUAAAUGGUCUGGAUAGAGGCGGACAAAAGGCCUAUGGUAUGGGCCAGAUCGCGUAGGCGAAUCUGGUGGGCUGACAGUAGUUUGCGAAUCUCUUUCUUUAUAGAUUUUACCUUUGUGGUGGGGAGUUGUAGGAUCGCCUGUACGGAAUCUAUUAGAAAUCUUUUGAGAAGGUUCGAGGGCCGAUUUCUGAAAAUUGAUCACAAACCCUAGGUUUUGAAGCAAGGCUGUUGUCAUGUCCGUGUGUUUGUGCAAGAGGUCUGAAUCUUGAGCCAUUAUCAGGAUGUCGUCCAAAUAUAUGAUGGACCGAAUCAGUUUCAUCAGUUUGGUGAAACACCAUGGUGCGGAACAAAGGCCGAACGGGAGGCAUGUGAAUUGCCAGAGUUCGUCCUGUCAGGGAAAUUGGAGGAAAGCUCAAAGGUUGCGAGCAAUAGAGACUGUGAGAUAUGCAUCUUUGAGAUCGAAUCUGGAGAACCAAUCUCCCACGCAAAGGAGGUCCCUGAGAAGAUGGAUGCCUUCCAUCUUGAAAUGACGGUACCUGACAAAGCGAUUCAGGUCUUUUAAAUUGAAGGAAGAUUGAUUACCUUGAGCAGUUCGUCCGCGAAGGGAGGCAGAACCACGUCCCCGGAUAGAUCCUCUGUUUGUGAAUAACUGCCUGUGAUAGGGUCGGGGUUGUCCCGAUUGCCAAUAGCUCUCUGUUGGGCGAGGCCUGUAGCCUGUGAAGGCAGCUCUGCUGUUCGUUCGGCCUCUAAAACGUCCAGCUCUCCCAGAAAAACGAGUUAACUGGGAACGAAAAACCCUGCGUAGGGAUGAUUGGGCCUUAUUGAGUGUAGUAAAUACAGCUACAUGUUUGGAGAGAUCCUUCAUAAAGGAGUCUCCAAAUAACAAACCAUUGGCCUCUGGUCCCAGUUCUCGGGAGCUCAGAUCGGCUAGUUUAGCAUCUAGCUUGUAUAGUGCCGCCCUGCGCCUCUCAGUGGAUAUAGCCACAUUUGCGUUACCCAGGAGACAUAAGGCUCUCUGGGCCCAUUCUCUAACUGUAUUGGGGUCAAACUCCCCACUGGUUAUGGCUUCGUCUGCCAGAAUGAAGAUUUGGACAAUUGGACCAGAUAUGUCUAGAAGUUUAUCUUGGGCUGUCUUGAGGCCCUGUUCAAUUCCCUUGCGGGGAUCCUUCCCUGUCUUAGUGAGGAAGGUUACAAAUAAUGGGUCGAACUCUGGUGUGAGAGCUACCUUAUUUGGGAUGGUUGGUCGAGGGCACUCGGCUCUGAGUUUUGCCCUGAUUUCUUUAUCAAGUGGUUUGCGUAACCACAUCUUACAGAAGUUAGCGAUAUGGUCCGGUGGGGACCAUUCGGCUGAUCGUGGAUGCCUGAUGACUCUGGAAUCAAAAAGGGGGACACCCGAGGCAUCCAAAAGGAUGUCUGAGUCGGUUCCCUUCUGCGUAGUUACUUUAGUAUCAGAGUCUUUUGAAAUAAGGAAGGUCUCCUUGACAAAUUCCGAUGGGGUAUCCCCUAGCGCAUUCGCCGAGGGGUCCUCAUCGGAAAAGCCAAGGUAAUAGUCCUCAACCCUAUCGCCCGUGUGGAAUACAGAGCCCUCUAGGGGAUCGGGUGUUAAGUGUGCGGAUUGAGGGAUAGACAAUUUCAGGGACUUGGCAGGAGCCUUGCCCUUGCCAGCAGACCUACUAUCCCCUUUCCAGGGGCACUUGCAUGUGGUUUCUGGAUCUGAGGGCUGGGAGUCCUCGGAAUCAGAAGGCAAGCGUGUGGUAGGGUUGACUUCGGUAGAAGUCCGAUCCUGGAAGGCUGCUAAUGCCUUGGGAAUAGAUUCGGCAAUAGUAGAGAUCAGCCAAGCUCUAAGUUCUUGUGAAAUUGCUGGCUCGGUAUUAUCAGACAUGGUUGUCUUUUUAGAAAAAAUUUUGACCAAUAGUCAAAAGUUAAAGAAAUAUUGUUUAAAUUGGGGAUCACCCAACAGUAAUAAGUAAAAUAUUUUAAAUUGGGGGUCACCCAAGAUAUUAGCGCAGUAAAUGAGUAAAGGGCGGCACAGUGAUAAAUAGUGGGGUUACCACUAAAAUACACAAGUGGGUUAUACCACUGUAAUAAUAGUAAGUGGGGUUCACCACUAAAAUAAUUAGACAGGUGGUUGUGUCUCAAUAUGAAAAGUGUUGGAUCACUUUAAACUCUGAUUAUUAGACGUGGGGGGUCACCCUUGAAUGGCGGUGUUAGGACACCUGAAUGGUUAUAGAGGUGGGGGUCACCCACAAUAAAUACUCAAGUACAGAGUGAUAGAAUUAUAAGGUGGGGGUCACCCACCAAGGCCACUUUAUUAAUAAUAAUAGCAGGAAUAUUGUUUAAUUGAACCUGUAAAGAGAAAAAAAUAAACUAAAUUAAAAAACUGUAAAGGGGAACUUUAAGAGUGCUAGAAAAUAAAUAAACAAACGGUGUACUUACCGGAUCCGGCGGUAGAGGCUGCAAGAGCGCCGAGAAACGAAGAGGCCGCGCAGAAAAUGGCCGCCGCUAGCAGAAGGCGGGAAGAAGCGCGGCAAGGGGGGGGAGCCAAAAAGGGCACGAAGGACUGAGCCGCGGACUCCUGGGAACUGGAGUCCGCGGCAGAUAUUUAAAAGAAAUGGUGGAAACCAGCCGCGGUGUUUAAAACGGAGAAACACCGCGGCUGGGAAAAUCAGGUUAAAACUAAUCAAUAGCCUGAGAAAAAAUAAAUCGCGGAAAAGUCCGUGAUUUAAAGAGACACGCUGUGGUAAUUAGCAAAUUUGAGAAUAUCAAGGAAAAGAGUAUGUAAUGUGUAGGAAAAACACCAAAUUGACAAAUGUGGAAAGGAUGAAAUAGAGACUACGAGUAAAUAAUAAUCAAAUAAUAUAAAUGGUAGAUAGGAAGGUAAUCAAGAUUAGUAUUAAAGGCAUAAAGCUAUAAAUGGAAUAGACUCACCUGGGAGGCAAGCAGCAAAGAAAGAGGGAUUGGGAGGAGCUUCGUAAUGUGAUAUAAUACUGAUAUACACUCUGAUUGGUUGAAUUGUUUACACUACUGUUAACUAUUUCUUUGCUGCUGGGAGGUUCAGUAAAGAAAGAUUAAGCAAAUAUGAAGCCUCCUGUCUUGCCAUAAAAUUGUAACAUCUUUAACAUCAUGUCAUGUGUCCUUAAGGGGUUAAAGAAACACUCCAAGCACCCUAACCACUACAAGAGGCUGUAGUGGUUAUGGUGCCGGGAGUGCCCUGGCAACCUACAUUGAAAGCGGUCAAAAUGUUUCAGAACAGGAAAAGAGUGAGUGCAAAAUGGGGGGCACUCAGUAGAAAACUGAGGAAAAGGCCAGGGAGAUUAGAAUAGAGAAGCAGAGAGGAAAAGAUUUGUUGUACUGAGAAAACGCCUGAAUCUUAUAUUUAAGAAUACACUGCAUAAAAAUACCCAUUGCUUUUUUAAAGGGACUGAAAGUUUUUUCUUUUGUUUUGUUUUUAAAUGUUAAAUAUAUUCAUUGGCCAUCAUUGCAAAUAAAAUGUUUCUGUAAUAAAAUGACCCCUGCCUCCUUCCAUUUUCAAAGUGUAUCCAUGAUUCACAGGGCGUUGUACAAAGCAAUAUUGUAAUAUACAAUGUUCUACCUAUUGCUUUAUAUACAUAUGCCCAUUAUAUAUUUAUCAUUACGCACAAUUCUAUUUUGGGCAAGUGUAUAAUCUUUCUGGGUAAUUUACAUUCCUUAAAGAUGUCUGCCACCUAUCUUUUAUUUUGUGCUCCUACUGUCCACUUCAUUCUCUCAUCUUCCAGCCAUACUGCUUUCCUCACGCAAUCGUUUGAUCUUAUCUCCCACUUUGUUUUCCUCAUGUGUUUAUAUACAUCUCCUCUUUUAAAGGGAACCUGUCCUGGAAAAAACAGAUGUAGCUCUUUUAAAAGAGCUUACAAUGUUAUCUAUACAUUGUGCUAGCAGUUUUACUAGCAGAUAUAUACAUUUGGAGAAAAAAACUAUUUAAAAAUCUAUCGAUUCCUCUACAGACACUGAAUGCUGAGGAAUUAAGAGAAAGGGAGAUCAGACGAAACCCUCUGCUCUCCACCCAUAGCAAUCACAGUGCAUGCGCUGUGGUUGCUAUGGUAACUCCGUAGCCAUCGCUCCAUUCAGAUGUUGGCAUGCUGGAACAGAACCAGAAUGUCAAUUGCAUGGAGAUGGUUUGCCCUCUUCGGGGAAAAGUCCCAAGCAGGCCAAAUUUCCACAGAACAGAGGAAUAGUGCGGGCGAACAGGAGGUGGGUGUUACAGAAGUUGUUGGGUAAACUAAUUCAAAUUAAUAACCUGUUGUUUCCUGUAAUAGUACAUUUUUAAAGUGCUGUAGAAUAUAUUGAUGCUUUACAAAAUAAUUAUUAUUCAAUCAAUUUCCCAUGUCAUUCUUAGAUCACGUCAACUUCAUGAAAUACAUAUCAAUCUAUGCAGUUUUCACAUCUUCUUAAUAGCUGUAAAUAAAGCAUGGAUAACCUAGAUAUACCUUCUGUAAAUAUGGAAAAUCAAUCUGAAGAAGAUAAUAAUUGUCCGGAUGAAUAUUACCCAAUUGAUCUUAUGACCUGCCAAGAACCCCAAAUGGAAUUAACAGAAGACAAACGUGACAGUGAUGUGAACCCUGAUCUUCCCCAAAUCUCAAAUGCUUUAGAUAGACCCCUAGAAAUAUCAGUAGAAGAAAUUAUGACUGAAAAUCUUAGUCUAGAUAGGACAUCUCUCACUAAUAUCCCCGGAUGGCCACCAGAAUGGGUGGAAAAUCUUCCCGACAACAAUUAUACCACAGCAAAAGAAACAAAAAUGUGCAAUGAAGAAACAGCUACAUACUGGACAGGAGGUGGGGGAGAUUCAUGUAAACAAGAGAAUAUUUUGACUCCAUCAAUUUUAGAGAGUGAACAGGCAGAUGACAAUAAGAGCCUAGCAAAAAACAAUCCCAGACUUUACUUCCCGCUGGAAAAAACAUUGCGAAAUCUUCAACUUCUUGACCUGAAACUGCAAUAUAACACAAGUCAGGCUGCAGGCAACAAAAAUGACUCUGAAUGCAACAAUGACACCAGCUCCAGCUCUGAUGAAAGUGAAUCCAAGUCAGUAGAAUCUAGUGAACAACAAACUAACCAUGAAGAGGCAGAACGAGCACAAAAUUUGGCACUGAUCACACUCCUGUCCCAAUGUCAUCUGAAGCUGCAGCAUCUGGAGGAACUUAAACACUACGCAGGUCACCUGGCACACAGCGUAAGUGUCUAUCUCCAGGAGUAUUGGAUUUCUCUAAAGAGUCUACAUUUUAUAUUAACCCAUCUAUAGUACACAAGGGAGAACUACACAAUGAAAGCAAAACUCAAUUAUUUAGAAUAAUACACCUCGUUCCAAAUGGUGACGCUUGAAUUGAGCUCUCAAUAUUCUACUACUACUGUGAAAAACCCAUAAGAAAAUUAUUGAAAUUUUAGUAUUUGCUAAAUUUUAGUAUUUAUUUUUUAAAGGCAGUUCAAAGACACAUUUAGAGAUAUGCUCUGAAAGUGAAAAGUAAAUCAUGAGCAAUUCAGUUGUUGGCUAACAAAUACAUAGAAAAUGUCCAAAAUGCAUUCCCAGUAGAAAUUAUUGUCCAAAACAGGAGAGGACUGGCAGGGAGGAAAAAACGCAAUUAUUCCCCAAUCUUCUAAUAUACAGUAGUCUCUGGGAUCCGUUUUCACAGCACCGUCUGUCUUCUGAAUGAUGUACAUGUGGAUGGCUAUCUCCAAUGUUAUAACCUCUGCUUGGCCCUCACCAUGCCGCUCCUCUUCCAUCAGCCAACGCCAAAUCUCCUCUGUUUGAUGUGGCAUCCCGGCGUUCGGUAAACGCUGUAUGCAUGAGCAUUUACUAGGCAGAGUGCAUGAUUACAUUAUUAUGCCAAGCCUGCAUUCAUCCUAAAUUUAAAGUAACAGAAGUCUAAUAACUUGUGGGCUGAAAACACACAUAUUUAUAAUUGUUUCCCAACCUACCACCACACACUUAUGUCUAUUUAAAGAUACGCUAUAGUCACCAAAAGAACUUUGGCUUAACCCCUUAAAGACAGCGGUCCUCGGGACCCGGCUCUAAAUGCCGGGGGGGCGGCAUAGCACGUCCCCACCGUCUUAUUCACUUACCCGGCCAUCGCGGUGGGGGGGACUUACCUGGCAUCCCAGGGAGUCCUCCUGCUCCCGUUCCGGCCCUCUUGGGCCACGUGAUCGGGAGGUCCUUGGGAGGACCUCACGAUCACAUGGACGGCAUAGCCGUCCGCAGCAAUGCCAGCAGGGGGAGUGCCUGUAAUGCCUAUAACUCACCCUGCUGCCUGUAAAAAAAACAAAAAAAAAACAGUUUAAAACAGUUUAAAAUUAAAUUAUAUAUACUUAGAUCAUAUAUUUAUUUAUGAUCUAAGUAUAUAUAUUUAUAUAUAUACACAUACAUACACAUACACUGUCUAAGUGUAUUUUAAUAUUAAUAUAUAUAUAUAUAGUUAUAUAUACAUUAAUAUCAAAAUACAAGUAGAAUGAUAUUGAUUAAAUAUAUAUAUUUAUCAUUAAAUAUAUAUUUUUAUAUAAUAUUAAAAAAAUAUGUAAAUACGUUAAAAAAUUAAAUAAUAAAUAAAUAUAUAUGUGUAAUUUCAUUCUAACUGUAUUUUAAAAUGAAUAUAUAUAUAUAUAUAUAUAGAUAUAGAUAUCAAAAUACACCUAGAACAAAAUAGGAUAUAUAUAUAUACAUAAGUAUAUAUGUAUAUAUCACUAUACAUAUACCUAUAUAUAAAUAAAAAUAAUUUUAAAAAUGAUAUAUAUAUAUAUAUAUAUAUAUAUAUAUAUAGACUCCAAAGUGGCAACGGCUGCUCUCCGGUUUUAAAAAAGAAGUUUUUAUUAAAUCAUAAUAAAAGCAAUGACCAACGUUUCAGUCCCAGCUCGGGACUUUCCUCAGGGUCCAAAAAACAGAAUAACAAAUGCCAUAAAUACAAAUCCUAAAUAUAUACCUAUAUAAUUAAAAUUAAAACUCACCCAGGUGUGCUACUGCCAUCACCACCGGGAUCGCCGGACUUCCGGGUAUGCGCGCGCACCCGCACGCUUACUCCUCCCACCCCACGUGCUGACGUAAUACGUCCAAUCACCAUGGAAACAUAUACACGAACAUCUCAACACCGUGGCAACUGAAUGCUGGUUAAAAAGAUCGUGGUUAUAAAAAGUGUACAAGUGAAAGAUGUUAUGGACAUGUGAAUGAUUAAACAUUAUUAAGAAGGGGGUAUAUAAACACCCACAUAGCCAAUGUAUAAUUAUGACACUGGCGAUGUAUAAACUUGAAAGUGCAUAGUUAGUAUUAAAUAACAUGAUUAAAGUGACAUGAGUGUAAAGUGCAUUAUAAUAUGCUAUCAUAUAAUAAAGUGCUAAAUGCCCUCAAGUGCAUAGUAUACCCAAUACAUCAAUAUUAUUUAAAAGGACUAAUAGCAUAUGACACAUACUAAAAAUAAGAAAAAACUUAGAAAAAAAUUAGAAAAAAAUUAAAAUUAAUUCAUCUUAUGUUCUAAUACUAAACACCAACUAUAUAUAAUGCUUAUAAUAUUAAAAACAAAAAUUGGUAACAAGCUAUAUUUCAAAUAAAGGCAUUGUACGGAAUAUUUUCAUUAAGUCCCAUGGGAGAUACUGUAUUUAAUUGAUAUAUCCAAAACGCUUCCCUUUGAAGGAGCAUUUUACUCCUAUUGCCACCUCUACGAGGAAGAGGGAUAUGGUCUAUACCCACAAAUUUAAGGCAUGUCAAUGAAUGAUUUUUAUCCAAAAAAUGUUGAGCCACCGGUUUGUCCGAAUGUCCGUCCCUGUACGCCAAUCUAAUACUCGAACGGUGGCCUCUAAUUCGUUCGCAGAGUUGUGUCUCCGUCUUGCCCACGUAAUACAAUCCACACGGGCACAUCAAUUUAUAUACCACAAACAUUGUUUUGCAAGUGAUAGUGUGUCUAAUAUCAUAGACUUUAUUAGUGUGUGGGUGGCUGAAUUUUUUUGCCGGUAUCAUGUGUCCACAAGUUACACACCCCAGGCACCGAAUACACCCUCGUAUAUUUUGUUUCAUAUCUUUCGAAUAACUUGCAACUGGAUCUGUAUGCACCAGCAAGUCUUUCAGGCUCUUGUUCCUUUUGUAACAUAUCAACGGAGGUUCCUUGAACACUUUUGGCAACGUGUCAUCCGUUGCAAGCAUCUUCCAAUUGUCUUUAAUCACUGUUGAUACCAAAUUCGAGGAAUUGUGGAAAGUCAUAGGAAACAUUAUCCUCUGAGUAAGAUCCUUCCUAGGUUGUACUGAAACUGCCUUAGCCUUUGUCAGUGCAUCUUCCAAUAUUCUAGUUUCAUAUCCCCGUUCAAGAAAUUUGUGGGUCAUGGUUAUCAACUGUGUCUCCGCUUUAUCUUGGUUUGAAUUAUUACGAAUUACUCUUUGGAACUGUGCCUUUGGAAUAGAAUUUUUCAACGUAGUAGGAUGAGCACUACGUGCAUGCAGCAAAGUGUUACGGUCUGUGGGUUUCGUGUACAGCGUAUAUUGUAUUUUAUUGGAUUCAUAAGACAACUCCAAGUCUAAAAAUUGGACCUUCUCAUCACUGAUAUUGGCCGUAAAUUUAAUGGGCGUUGAUAGUCCAUUCAUUCACCAUCCCAUGUGCUUCAAUGGAUGUUCCACGCCAGAGUAUUAACAAAUCAUCUAUAUAGCGAUAAUAGCUAAUGAUGUUGUCCCGAUAAGGCAUAAGGAUAUGUUGAGUCUCAUACAUAUACAUGAACGCAUUGGCAUACAUGGGGGCCAUAGAAGACCCCAUCGAUGUGCCUGCCACCUGUAAAUACCACUGGUUUUCAAACCUGAAGUGAUUAUUAUAAAGGAUCAACGCCAAUAAUUCCAAAACAAUUCAACAGGUGGGCCCCGAUACAACGGGGAUUCACUUAAUACCUGUCGCAUAGCAUCAAUGGCGUUGAUCCUUUAUAAUAAUCACUUCAGGUUUGAAAACCAGUGGUAUUUACAGGUGGCAGGCACAUCGAUGGGGUCUUCUAUGGCCCCCAUGUAUGCCAAUGCGUUCAUGUAUAUGUAUGAGACUCAACAUAUCCUUAUGCCUUAUCGGGACAACAUCAUUAGCUAUUAUCGCUAUAUAGAUGAUUUGUUAAUACUCUGGCGUGGAACAUCCAUUGAAGCACAUGGGAUGGUGAAUGAAUUGAAUGGACUAUCAACGCCCAUUAAAUUUACGGCCAAUAUCAGUGAUGAGAAGGUCCAAUUUUUAGACUUGGAGUUGUCUUAUGAAUCCAAUAAAAUACAAUAUACGCUGUACACGAAACCCACAGACCGUAACACUUUGCUGCAUGCACGUAGUGCUCAUCCUACUACGUUGAAAAAUUCUAUUCCAAAGGCACAGUUCCAAAGAGUAAUUCGUAAUAAUUCAAACCAAGAUAAAGCGGAGACACAGUUGAUAACCAUGACCCACAAAUUUCUUGAACGGGGAUAUGAAACUAGAAUAUUGGAAGAUGCACUGACAAAGGCUAAGGCAGUUUCAGUACAACCUAGGAAGGAUCUUACUCAGAGGAUAAUGUUUCCUAUGACUUUCCAUAAUUCCUCGAAUUUGGUAUCAACAGUGAUUAAAGACAAUUGGAAGAUGCUUGCAACGGAUGACACGUUGCCAAAAGUGUUCAAGGAACCUCCGUUGAUAUGUUACAAAAGGAACAAGAGCCUGAAAGACUUGCUGGUGCAUACAGAUCCAGUUGCAAGUUAUUCGAAGGAUAUGAAACAAAAUAUACGAGGGUGUAUUCGGUGCCUGGGUUGUGUAACUUGUGGACACAUGAUACCGGCAAAAAAAUUCAGCCACCCACACACUAAUAAAGUCUAUGAUAUUAGACACACUAUCACUUGCAAAACAAUGUUUGUGGUAUAUAAAUUGAUGUGCCCGUGUGGAUUGUAUUACGUGGGCAAGACGGAGACACAACUCUGCGAACGAAUUAGAGGCCACCGUUCGAGUAUUAGAUUGGCGUACAGGGACGGACAUUCGGACAAACCGGUGGCUCAACAUUUUUUGGAUAAAAAUCAUUCAUUGACAUGCCUUAAAUUUGUGGGUAUAGACCAUAUCCCUCUUCCUCGUAGAGGUGGCAAUAGGAGUAAAAUGCUCCUUCAAAGGGAAGCGUUUUGGAUAUAUCAAUUAAAUACAGUAUCUCCCAUGGGACUUAAUGAAAAUAUUCCGUACAAUGCCUUUAUUUGAAAUAUAGCUUGUUACCAAUUUUUGUUUUUAAUAUUAUAAGCAUUAUAUAUAGUUGGUGUUUAGUAUUAGAACAUAAGAUGAAUUAAUUUUAAUUUUUUUCUAAUUUUUUUCUAAGUUUUUUCUUAUUUUUAGUAUGUGUCAUAUGCUAUUAGUCCUUUUAAAUAAUAUUGAUGUAUUGGGUAUACUAUGCACUUGAGGGCAUUUAGCACUUUAUUAUAUGAUAGCAUAUUAUAAUGCACUUUACACUCAUGUCACUUUAAUCAUGUUAUUUAAUACUAACUAUGCACUUUCAAGUUUAUACAUCGCCAGUGUCAUAAUUAUACAUUGGCUAUGUGGGUGUUUAUAUACCCCCUUCUUAAUAAUGUUUAAUCAUUCACAUGUCCAUAACAUCUUUCACUUGUACACUUUUUAUAACCACGAUCUUUUUAAUUAGCAUUCAGUUGCCACGGUGUUGAGAUGUUCGUGUAUAUGUUUCCAUGGUGAUUGGACGUAUUACGUCAGCACGUGGGGUGGGAGGAGUAAGCGUGCGGGUGCGCGCGCAUACCCGGAAGUCCGGCGAUCCCGGUGGUGAUGGCAGUAGCACACCUGGGUGAGUUUUAAUUUUAAUUAUAUAGGUAUAUAUUUAGGAUUUGUAUUUAUGGCAUUUGUUAUUCUGUUUUUUGGACCCUGAGGAAAGUCCCGAGCUGGGACUGAAACGUUGGUCAUUGCUUUUAUUAUGAUUUAAUAAAAACUUCUUUUUUAAAACCGGAGAGCAGCCGUUGCCACUUUGGAGUCUGUGUAUCGUGGAGCCCUGGUGUUUGCUCCCGGCGGUGGGACUUUGGACGUGAGUGCAGGGGAUUUUCGAUUUUUUUAUAUAUAUAUAUAUAUAUAUAUAUAUAUAUACACACUCACACGUGUAUAUAUAUAUAUAUAUAUAUAUAUAUAAUAAUUCUACGUAUAUAUUUACGUAAUAAUUUUACAUAAUUAGGUCAUUUUAUUCAUUACAAUUUGCGGGACCUGCCUGACAACCCAGGCCUAAAGUCCAGGGAAUUUAAUUUGCUAGCACUAUAUUCAACCCUGUAACAAUUGUUGUGAUACGUUUUACUGUUUUGAAACUCUAAUAUUUGUGUUCAGCGAAGUCUCCCGAGUAUAAGAGUACCCCUCAUGUAUGGGUUUUAUGGUGUUUUCAAAAGUUACAGAGUCAAAUAUAAGGCUUGCAUUUCAGUUUUUUACAUUGAAAUUCGCCAGAUUAGUUAUGUUGCCUUUGAGACUGUAUGGUAGCCCAGGAAUGAAAAUUACCCCCAUGAUGGCAUACCAUUUGCAAUAGUAGCGAACACAAGAUAUUGCAAAAGGGGUAUGCCCAGUCUUUUUAGUAGCCAAUUCUUAUUUUCUCCCAUUUUUUUAUAUUUUAUUCAUAUUAAAGUAUGUUUCAUACCUAAAUAAUUGAUGUUAAAUGAAAGCCCUGUUUCCCCUGAAUAAAAUAAUAUAUAAUAAGUGUGGGUGCACAUAAUAUGAAAGAGGUGAAUUAGACCUGAACAGACAUAUAGCGCAAAUUCCAGGUUUUGUUUACGUUUUGUUUUGAUCACAACGUGUACAUUUGGCUCCGUCCUUAACGGGUUAAUGAGGUAAUUUUUGUGUAUAGAUCAUGACUGAGGUUUCACGGCUCAAUCCUCUGCUAUUUAGGAGUUAAAUCGAUUUUGUUUAUGUUUAUAUGUUUACUCACACAUCCUGAAUGAAAGCAAAUCAGAUUUAACUUACUUUAACCCCUUAAAACCGGAGGACGUACAAUUACGCCCUCUAAUAGGCGGCUCUAAACGCCGGUCGCCGGCGGUCCCACGCCGGCGAUCGCGGUUGGGGGGACUCCCAGGGAGCCCCCCACGGCACAUCCGUCAAAUAUAGCACGUUACAUUUGAAAUUGAAAUUCGCCAGAUUGGUUACGUUGCCUUUGAGACCCUAUGGUAGCCCAAGAAUGAAAAUUACCCCUAUGAUGGCAUACCAUUUGCAAUAGUAGACAACCCAAGGUAUUGCAAACAGGGUAUGUCCAGUCUUUUUUAGUAGCCACUUAGUCACAAACACUGGCCAAAAUUGGCAUUUUUUGCAUUUUCACACACAAACAAAUACUAACGCUAACUUUGGCCAGUGUUUGUGACCAAAUGGCUACUAAAAAAGACUGGACAUACCCCAUUUGCAAUACCUUGGGUUGUCUACUAUUGCAAAUGGUAUGCCAUUAUGGGUGUAAAUUUCAUUCCCUGGCUACUAUACAGUCUCAAAGGCAACGUAACCAAUCUGGCGAAUUUCAAUUUCAAAUGUAACGUGCUAUAUUUGACCCUGUAACUUCCCAAAACGCCAUAAAACCUGUACAUAGGGGGUACUGUCUUACACGUGAGACUUUACUAAAUACAAAUAUGUGUAUUUUAUUGCAGUAAAAUCAAACAGUAUUAUGACACUGACCUUUAAAAUGCAAUUUAGAACUAAAAAAAUCAAAAAAAUCGUAUUUUCUCCCAUUUUUUUCAUAUUAAAUUAUGUUUCAUAGCUAAAUAUUUGAUAUUAAAUGAAAGCCCUGUUUCCCCUGAAUAAAAUGAUAUAUAAUAAGGGUGGGUGCAUUUACUAUGAAAGAGGUGUAUUACGGUUGGACAGACAUGUAGCGCAAAUGCCAGGUUUUGUUUACAUUUUGUUUUGUUCACAAUGUGUACAUUUGGCUCCGUCCUUAAGGGGUUAAAAGUUUUUAUCUCCUGCUCUGUAAAUUGAACUUUAAAUAUAUACAGUAGGCUCCUGCAAGAUCUAGCAAACUUUUAAGAGAGCAGGAGAUAAUUAAUUCUAAAUUAAACAUAAUUUGCAAUAAAGGAAGUGAAUAUAUUAGAUAGCUCUUUACAGGAACUGUUUAGGAAGGCUGUGUAAGUCACCUGCAGGGAGGUGUGACUAGGUUUGCAUAAACAACAUGCUUUAAUUCCUAAAUGGCAGAGAACUGAGCAGUGAGACUGCAGGGGCAAACUGCUUCAUUAAGCCAAAGUUGUUUUGGUGACUAUAAUGUCCCUUUAAGCCUUUCUCUGACAUCACUUCCUUGCCCUGAUGUGAUUUUUAUAGCCUGAUAGUGCGCUCCUAUAAUCUUGGUAUUUCUAGUAGCUGACUUGACUAUGUUUAAUCCUUUAUUUUGUAUCCCUGAACCUUGGCUUCAUUAUACUAGUAUUUUAAUUUUCUCCAAACUUGACCUAAGCCUGUAUCUGACUGUGCUCUAUCCCAGGGAUAGGCAACCUUCGGCACUCCAGAUGUUGUGGACUACAUCCCCCAUAAUGCUGGCAAAGCAUCAUGGGAGGUGUAGUCCAAAACAUCUGGAGUGCUGAAGGUUUCCUAUGCCUGCGUCUAACCUAUACGUUAAAAGGAAACUAUAGUGCCAGGAAAACAAAGUUGUUUUCCUGGCACUAGAGCUCACUAUAGUGCCACCCCCCUGUUGCAUCCCCCCCUUUCGUGGUGCAGAAGGUGUUAAAAACACCUGCUAUCAUUUACCUGACCUGGGUCUGGCUUCGCCUCCACUCAUCUCCCGCCGGCUGACCUAAAACGCAUGCGCGCAAUGGCUGCAUUUGCAUUAUGAAUUCCCCUGAGGAAAGCAUUAUAUGAUGCUUUUCUGCUGGAUUUUGGGUGAUGCUGGAUGUCCUCAAGUGCUCAAAGCAUGUAUGAAUGCACCAUUUUCCUUGGGGAAAGUGGAUUGCAGGGACUAUUGUGUGCUAUAAUUAUAUGACUAAUAUAUUAAUAGUAAACUCAUAUACUGAUUAGGGGUAAGGAUGAGAAUCACUAGUGGGUAUUUAUCAAUGUGUGGGGCAAUUACCAUGGAAUCGCCAUAUGCAGGUUACGUGAAAGGUACCUGGAGAUAACUGUGUUGGUAUAGGUGCAUCAGGGCCAUCUUUAAUAUUGACUGGACCUGGGCAAAGCAUUUGCUUGGGCCCCCUGGACUCUGUCCCCCCCUCCUCACGCGUGCAAUCACGUCCUCCACCCCAACGCAGUGGCGGACCUAAAGUAAAGAGGUGCAAGAAUUUUUUGAGCCUUCCUAUUGCACGGGUGAUUAAUAGGUAGAUCCCCAUCUGCCGUGCAACUCCAGAAAUGUUUGCAGAUUUGUAUUUAGCACUAAGCAGUUUUUGUGUGUUUGAAUGUAAAAACGUUUUUGUAUGGAAUAUGUUUGUAUGUGGUGUUGGCGUGACUGCAAACAUGUAUUUAUGUGUAGUGUUGGUUUUUUAAUGCAGGGGUGUAUUAACAUAUAAUUUUAAUAUGCAGGGUCCCUCACUGUCCAACGCAUUUUCAUGCCAGGGAGAGGCCCAGGCAGCUUCUCACCUGGUGCAGACCACUUAGUACUGCUCCCGCGAGUGCUUCCACAGGUUGGCUCCUCCAGAAGGAGCGGUAUGAGUGGCCUGCUCUUGCUGAAGAAAACUGAACAAACCAUGUACACUCGAUUAGUUAAAGGAGAAUAUUCAUGUAGAAAUUUGAGUGCCCAAGCCUCAACAUUAACUAAUGUUAUUAAAAAAAUGGAAAAACCUCGAAACUUCAUGGCAGGGUAAAAUAAAUAUUAACGCAUAUAUCCUGCCUAAGUGGCUAUAUCUGUUUUCCAUGGUUCCACUUAAAGUCCCCAGUCCCUGGUUAGCAAUGGUUCAAUCAAGCGUUAAUAAUUUUAUCUGGAACAAUAAAAAACCCAGAAUUAGUCAGAAAAUGUUAUCUAAAAAAUUGUCCAAUGGUGGCCUAAAUUUUCGUAGCAUUAUCUAUAGUUAUCAGGCAAAUAUUAUCAGACACAUAUAUACUCUACAGGAUCCUAAACAGGUCUCCGAACCAUGGUUUAUUAUCGAGUCUGAAGUGGCUCAUAUUGAUAAAUUACAAUACUAUAUGUGGACAGUUACCAGGAACACCCUAAUGAAUUCUUCUUCAACAAAUUUAAUGACACUGACCCAAACCUUAGACAAAUGGUUGGAAAUUAAGAAAACAUUAGGUUUUAACAAUCUUAUACCUAAGUCUUGCAGACUUCAUAUAUUAGAAAUUAUAAAGAUUUCUCAUUAAUAAAUUGGGCCAAUGUGGAUAAAUUAACGAUCACUGAUAUUAUGCAGGGGCAUAAUAUAUUGUCCUUUCAACACAUUAUAGAUAACUAUUUUUUAAUUAUCUUCGUUUAAAAAAUUUCAUUCAUAAAAAUGUCAUCAACUCCUCCUCCCCAUCUGCCAAAAAAUUUGAAUUUAUUUUUAGUAAUCGCCCUAUCAAUAAGGUUACAUCUGCCGCAACCUCCAUGUUAGAAUGUCUUAAAGAGUCUCCCUAUAAAUUAGUUAAGACUUGGGAACAGGAAUUGGAACUUGAGAUUCCUCUAGUUGACUGGCAUUCCUCUUUAAUUCAUUUAAACAAACAUAUUCAUUGUUUAAAUUUGACCGAAUGCCACUUCAAGGUCCUUCAUAUUUUAUUAUACUCCGUCUAGAUUAGCCAGAAUGUAUGAUUCCUGUGACCCUACUUGCUGGAGAUGUGGCAGUCAUCCGGGUACAUAUAUUCAGAUUUGGUGGUCUUGUCCCGUUGUUAGACCUUUAUGGUCAUGGGCAUUUAAUAUCUUUUUUUUUAAAUUCUUUAUUUGUUCCAAAGCAGGACAACUUAUACAUAACACACAUAACAAUAUCAAUACACUUUCAAAAUAGGCAUAUACGCAGCAGUUUUCGGCUUACAACAUUAUCCGCAUGAAUGCACAUUCUAAUUUUUAGAUUUUACAGAAUUCGCAAUCAUGAAAUGCGUUUUUGCCUGGAUUUUCCAAGGUGUGAUUAACUCCUUUAAGUAUCUCAAGACAUCCCACUUGGUGUUUUCGUAGUAAAAUAAAACAUGUAACUACUUUGCUGUAGCUUGCACUGAGAACAGUUAGGGGCACUAUACAUAUUCACACUUGCUUCUCUAGCUUUACUGUAUACCCUUGAUAGUCCCGUUAUGCACAAUCUUACAAUUGUAAGGAAAAUUAUACAUGGUUCAAAAGAUUGGAACCAGAAACAGAAAGAGCAACCUCGAGGGUCUGAAGAAGUAGAGAGAAGUAGUUAGGGGUGAGCAUGGGAAGGAUGAAAAGGGGGGGGGGAGGGGGAGUGCAGGGGGAGCCGCUCAACGAUAAGUGUCGCAAGGAUUGCAUUGCCUUACUGACUUCAUCUAUCCUAGGCAUCCCCUAAGUUUUAAAAGGAAAAAGACAAGACCCACAAGGUCAGAGUUGGGAAGCCCCCUAAUGAAGUAAAACGUAACUUUUAAUAAAGAUUUAUAAGAACGCCCAUACAAAUAAUCAAGAAUAAAAAAAAUUAAAAAGGUUUGAGAAAUUAGGGAGACCAAAAAGUAAUAAAAUAAAGAGUAGUACAGGGGCCACAAAAGUGCCUCUAGAAGCAAAUGGUUGCUAAUUGUAGGGUCAUAUGAAUAAAUAUGUCUCUUGUAGAUUAAAUAAGACCCUCCCUGGUUGUGUACUUUCCUUGUUUUGGGAUCAGGUGCCAUCCAUUCACAAUUUGAGGGGAUACAAUGAAUCUGUGAUUGGAACGCUGCGUGUCCUCUCCUAUGUCCGUAUCGGAUGCUCGGUCUUUUGAACAGUUGCGUGGAUUUGUUUAUUUACAAGCCUAUGUUGCCAUACCAACACUGGUUGAUAUGCAACAUCAAUAGGGGCGUGGCUUAGCCUGGACUCAAUUCUUCAGCGUGCAUAAUAAGCACACACCCCUGUCUUCCUUUUCCCUAUUGGCGUCUAUGAAUAUUUGACGCCAUCCAAUAGGUGACCGCCAUGCACAGGUGGGGGCAUGGUCUACACGGACUGAGUUUUGGCGCGAAUGCCAAACACACGCCCCCUCUUUUGUACCGACGCUUUGCGGCUAUUUAAACAGCUUCUGUUUCAGAUGGAGGUUUUGAUUAGCCUCAGAAGAAGGCGCGUUCCACAGCGCCGAAACAUGUGUUAGGCAGGCAGAAGGCAGGGAGACCUUUUAGUAUUUCUCUAUUAUCCUAGGAAUAGGCAGGUUUAGAGUCUUUUUGAUGUUUAGCUGUCUGCUUAGGGUUACUUUAUCACCAAGAGCCUUUUAUAGGGUUUGGGGGGCUGCUAUUUUUUCUAUCAGCAAUUCCUGUGUGGGGGGGUCCCUCAUUGCAAGUGUGUAUAGGAGAGGUUAUUUUGUAUCUCUGCACUCUCCCAAGAACACUGAUACCCUCCAUAUUUAUAUACAUUUACUUAGUGUAUCGCUCUUUUGAUACUAUAUAGCAGUGCACCUACCCAGUGACUCUUAAGUAGCAGUAUCAGUUAUUAGUCUGACAUACAAGGAAAGUACACAACCAGGGAGGGUCUUCUUUAAUCUACAAGAGACAUAUUUAUUCAUAUGACCCUACCAUUUGCUUCUAGAGGCACUUUUGUGCCCCCUGUACUACUCUUUAUUUUAUUACUUUUUGGUCUCCCUAAUUUCUCAAACCUUUUAAAAAAAAUUUAUUUUUGAUUAUUUGUAUGGACGUUCUUAUAAAUCUUUAUUAAAAGUUACGUUUUACAUAUACAUUACUUCAUUAGGGGGCUUCCCAACUCUGACCUUGUGGGUCUUGUCUUUUUCCUUUUUACACUUAUAUAUGUGAGGGUUAUGCCCAAUUGUGGUCGCCCCAGACACACCUGUUUGCAGGUUCCCCCCUCUUUCUUGGGGGCUCCCUGCUCUUUUCUAUCCCCUAAGUUUCCCUCAAAGAGAGAUGGGUUUAGAUGAAGCGGUCUGUAACUUGUCUCUUCAAUGCCCUGAGUGGUACGGAUGUAUGGUUUAUGUUUUUGGUCCAGUCUGCUGUUUUAAUUACUUACUGUACUAUUGAUCCGAGGGUCCCAGAUCUUUUAAAAUUUCUUCGUAGUCCCUCUGACCUGAGCUGUCAAUUUGUCAAUUAAAAAGGUAUCCUUUAUUUUAUGUUUUAUUAUUGCCAUCGUAGGAGUGUCCCUCUGUAGCCAAACCUGCGCUAAGGCUGGUCUUGCGGCGAGGUUUAUCUUGUGAAGGAGGUUUUGUUCCGUUUUUGUCCAAUCAUCCAUGGAUCUUAACAAUAGGAACACCCAUGGGUCUACCUUCACCUCCCUGCCGAACACUUCUCGCAACAAUGCUGCGAUCUGUUUCCAGUAUAUCUGCACCACUGGACAUUCCCACCACAUAUGGAUAUACUUACCCUUAUGUCCGCAGCCCCUCCAGCACAAGUCUGUUGGGUUUCUACGCAUGCGGCACAGCGUCACUGGGGUGGUAUACCACCGAAACAAGGUCUUAUAUGAUUGUUCCUGCAAGGAUACGCACACUGAAGAUGUUGCUGCUGCCUCCCAUAUUUCCUGCCAUUCUACACCCUCCAGCACUUCAUUCAAAUCUGCUUCCCACUGAUCUAUGUACUUUAUGUCUCCCCAUUCCAGAGUGUGAGUACUCAGAUGGGAGUAUAAACAGGAGAUUAGGCUGCUCGGGAAUUGUUCCUUUGAACAAAUUCUUUCGAAAAACGUCCAUGGUGUCUGCGCUGCCUUUUUGAUCCUGGUAUCUCGGGCAUAGUCUCUAAGCUGAAGAUAGCGAAAGUAGUCGAAAGGUCUCAAGGGGGCCCUACUAUUCAGUUCCUCAAAUGUGACAAGGGAGCCAUUUUCAAACAGUUGAAAUAGUCUCUGCAGUCCUGCGUUUUCAAGUCCCUUAAAAUUCCUAGCUUGCAUGCCCAGGAGAAAAUCUCUAUUUCUCAAGAACGGGAUCAUUGGCGACGGGGUAGAUGUCAAGCCAUAUUCGAGGGCGGUUGCAUACCAGACCCUGAGAGAGGCCUGUACCGCUUGGCAAGGCAACUGGUCCAGAGAUCUAAAUUCCUUAGGGGUCCAUAUAAGGAACUGGGGGAGAUCCGGGCCCAUCAAGAGGACUCCAAAUCCACCCACCUCCUCUCAUUAGGGGGUGUAUGCCAUAACGCUAUUUGGGUCAACUGGGCCGCCAAAUAGUAGUAAUAAAGGUUUGGCAGACCCAGCCCCACCCUAUCCUUAGCUCUAUAAAGUAUAUUCCGUGAGAUCCUAUGUUUCUUAUUCUGCCAGAUAAACUUGCCGAUAGCCUGCUGAAGUGCUACCAGGUUACAUUUAGUCAAGUGGAUCAGGAGAGCUUGAAAGAGGAACAAUAUCCGAGGUAGCACAUUCAUUUUCACAGAAUGUAUUCUUCCGAUCCAAGAUAUUGGUUUAUCUACCCACGUCUCCAUGUCAUGUAUUAGUUGCCUGAUUAGUGGAGCGUAAUUCUGUUGAUGCAAGAGGGAGGGACCCGCCGUUAACCAGAUGCCCAGGUAUUUAAUGUGAUCUUUUGCUAUGUUGACAUGAUAUGUCUGCGCUGCGUCUGCAUUGCUCACCCUUAUGGGGAGUGCACUCGAUUUGUGUAAGUUGACCUUGUAUCUGGUCACCGUACCAUACUCUGUCAGUAUUCCUGUCAGUGUUGCCAUAGAUUCCUGUGGGUCCAUCAAUGAUAAUAAUAUAUCGUCAGCGAAUCCCGAUAUAACGUAUUUCUGUCCCCCACCGUGAUUCCCCUGAUCUCUGGGGUUACGCGUAUCGUUUGCAUGAGGGGUUCUAAUGAUAGGACAAACAGCAAUGGUGAAAGAGGGCAACCCUGUCUUGUACCAUUGCUCAAUAGGAAAGGGAUGGAUUGUGCUCCCGUUAUUCUGACCUAUGCCCUGACGUUGGAGUAUAAGGCUUUAAUUAUCGUGAUAAACAGGGCCGGCAUGCCGAAAUGGUGUAACAUCUCAAAUAGAUACGGCCAUUUGACUCUGUCAAACGCUUUUUCGGCGUCUAGUGACAGCAUCAAUGCAGGGGUUUGCAGCCUAGUUUGUCUCCCUAUAAGAUCAAUGUUGCGUCUCGUAUUCUCAAACAGUUGCCUACCCGGUACGAAGCUCACCUGGUCUGGGUGGACCAGGCUAGUGAGAAUUGGGUUCAGUCUGAUCGCUAACACUUUUGCUAAGAUUUUGGAAUCAUGAUUAAUUAAUGAUAUUGGGCGAAAAUUCGCCGGGAUUGAGUAAUCUUUCCCAGGUUUGGGCAAUAAGACUAUAUUCGCUAGUGACAUAUCUCGGGGACAUUUAAUAUCUUUACUACUAUGACUGCCAAUAGAAUUACGGAAAAUGCUGACUGCCCUUUUGCACCUUAAUUAGAAUCUUAAAGGGACACUAUAGUCACCUGAACAACUUUAGCUUAAUGAAGCAGUUUUGGUGUAUAGAAAAUAUAAGCGAUUAUAUGGACAAUCUUCGCCUUAGUCAGAUUCAUCUUAAAAAUCUAACAUAGGUCACAGCUAUUAACAUAUAAAAUAGUGUUGAUUUGCACUACAACUAUAUAAGAUUCAUAGUUAACAACCAGGGGAUGCCAAGGACUGUGUGAAUAUGGACAUAAAGACACCAAUAUUGUCGAGGUAUUAUGCAUUAUUACUUUCUUCUUUUUUAGGGAAAUUCUCCUGCUCUGAAAGGGUGAUGGGUACUGUCAUUUUAUGUAUGUUUUGUUUAUAUAUGUACUUGUACGUUGUAUCUUAUUCUUGUCACUUUGGGGUUACAUUCCAAUUAAUAUGAGGAUGUAGAAUGAUGUAAUAUGUUUUAUAUGAUAUGUAAUUAUUUAUUUGUCUGCUGCAUAUGUCAUGAACUUUACCGUAAGGUGCAGUCUAUUUGUUGUCUAUGGAAAAAUUUGCUUCAAUAAAAAUCUAAUUAAAAAAAAACAAAAAAACUAAUGUUAUGAAUAAUGCAAUCAAAAGAGCCUGACUUUGCGAGGCAGCCAGUGGGGCUCAAAAAUUUAAACUUCCGUACCUAUUCAAACAAAUCUCCAUACGUUAAACAUUCAUUGUAUGAAAUAUAAUUUAAAUUGGUUUACUAAUAAAAGCGUUACUGACUUUUCAAAACCUACUCUGAAUUUUGACCCAAUUGAUUAUGCAUAUAGUUUGCAGUACACUAAAAGGUACGCUUUUGGGCCAUUUGCCAAACCGAAACUCUGCAUGGAUGAAAUUCUGUCCAUCUGAACCCAAAAAUAUUCCUCUAAAACAGGGGUUCUCAAACUCUGGCCCCCCAGAUGUUGCUGAACUACAACUCCCAUGAUUACUUGAAUUACAUAGGUAGCCAGAGAAUCAUGGGAGUUGUAGUUCAGCAACAUCUGGGGGGCCAUAGUUUGAGGACCCAUGCACUAAAAUAUCUCAAGUAGGGAAAUGUAACUUGGGACAGAUUCCAGGACUCCUCAUCUAUGGAUAAACUAUUUAAAGAUAUUUUCUUUUUCCUAUCCAUUUGGAACUAGCACUGCUAUAAUGAAUUGUUUGAACUAUAAUAGAGAGUUAAAAAAAUAAACAAAAACAUUUUUUCCUAAUGGGAAACCAUAAAAGAUAGCUACAGAAAGUUACACAGACCCUUUAACCAUUCUCUCUUUUUUUUUUUUACAAUAAAAGAGCAUGAAAAAAUAUGGGUUCCAUCUCCCUAUUUGGUAUAUAAAGUAAUAUUGUUCAGUUGUAUUAUUGUAUAUAUUAUAUACAUUUUAACAACAAAAAAACUUUAGUUUUUCUCUUUUCUUGCAGCUGUGGGAAGCCCAAGAGACCAUUUCAUAUCUAAAGGAAAAUGUUGCAGCAUUGCACAGAGAAAAUGUACAGAAGGAGAAUAAAAUCUUUAACUUGUCCAAGGAACUCAUGGAAUCCAAGAGACUUUUAUACGAGAAGUCUGAAAGAAUCACGGACAUGAAAGCCAUGUUUAAAAGUCUGGGUGACCAUUUGCAAAAUCGAUCAACUCAGCAAAUGAUUAUCAGUGACCAUUGUGCGGGUAGUUCUAAAUACACAGGGGCAGGCCCGGUAGAGAUAGAACCAGAACUGUCAGGUCUUGGAAAUUCUAAGAUCUGUACUAUUCUAUGACAUAUAAUGUGUUCGUAGGAGAAUUUCAGUUAAAGGGAGCAUUGUAGACAUGAGGAUUAUGUGCGGUUUACUCAAAAUGUGCUACUGAAUUGCCCAAUUUUUCAAUAUUAGUUGUGAUCUGAUAGCAAUUUUGUUACUUACUA